CCAUCUUUCUGUGCCACCAUAUUGGUACUCAUGAUGGUUUUGGCAGAUGCUCUAAAGAGUAUUAACAACGCUGCAAAGAGAGGCAAAUGCCAACUUAUUAGGCCAUUCUCCAAAAUCGUCAUCCGGUUUCUGACUGUGAUGAUGAAGCAUGGUUACAUUGGUUUAUUUGAAAUCACUGCUGAUCACAGAGCUGGGAAAAUGGUUGUGAACCUCACGAGCCGAUUAAACAAGUGUGGCGUGAUCAGCCCCAGAUUUCGUGUACAACUCAAAGAUCUAGAAAAAUGGCAGAAUAAUCUGCUCCCAUCCAGCCAAUUUGGUUUCAUGGGACCGACAACCUCAGCUGGCAUCAUGGACCAUGAAGGAGUAAGAUCAACGCACACAGGGGGAAAAGUCCUGAGAUUCUUUUACCUAGGGAUGGAAUAUAUACAUGCAAAUAAAAUGCUUCCAUUGGAAAAAAAAAAAAAAAAAAAAAAAAGAGCCAGUGCUAGAAAUGCAGCAAUUUCACAAAACGUCUAGACUUACUAACACUCUGUUGCUGUAGGGUCAUAACUAGCUGAAGGUCAGCAGUGGAGUUAGACCACUUACACAGGGGACAAAUACUGAUUUGUUUCUGAGAGAGAGAGAAAACCCACAAAGCUGUGAGAUCACGCCCUGAGCCUAA